GUGGCCCGCACCGCGCGCAGAUCGACCUUUCUCAGUCGGGUAACCGCACCGCGGCAAUCGGCCUGGAUCACUCGCGCGGUACCAACCUCCAAUAGUAUCAUGCCGCGCCGAAUCGGCCGAGAACCGUCGUUCGAGGUGGAGGAGGUCGCCGACUCCGAGCCCGAGCGCCGAAGGAGCGUCUCCAACGUACACGAUCAACGCGUCGAACCCGGCGCGGGCGCGCAAGACCCCGCCCGUGCCACUCGCUCCAAGUAUUGGCAGCAGCCGGCCGACGCUCAACCGAACUCGGGAUCGGGGGUCGGCUCGUCGAAGCAUGCUGGCGUCUCGUCGUCUUCUAGCAAGCCUCUGGGCUCUUUCCAAAGGCUCAACGCGCUCGGGGUUCAGCUGAGCGGAGAUAGGGGCUCCCCCGCCGCCCGAACCGUCCCCCUCGACGACUCCGUCAUCGACCUAUGCAGCUCCGAAGGCGGCUCGUCGACCGGCCUACGUCCGUCGUCCGAAGGAUCAGCAGACGAAGACGAUGAAGAUGACGACUCGUCCCAGGCCUUGCGUUACCGCACCAAGCUGAACCACUUUCGCUACCACAGCACGAGCGCGCGUUCCAGUGCGUCCAGCGGCAACUCUCCCUCGGACAUGCCUCCCCCUCCUCCCCUUCCCCCUCCUGUAGCUGCCAGGAUACAGAGGACCUCGAGCACACCCGCGUUCGACAUACGCGAGGCCGACCUGAAGCGGCUCGCGGCCUGCGUCAGCUGCCAAGCACGCUGGACGAUCCGCAAGACGCCGAGGGAGAAGGCGAAGCACAUACGCGCCUGUGCCAAGAAGAACGGGCUCACGGACGUCACCGUAAACAUCCUCGUACAACAGGCCCUUUCCUCUUCCUCCUCCUCCUCCUCCUCCUCUUCCGCGUCCUCGCCAAAAGGAAAAGAACCAGACCAAGCCGCGCCCGCCGACCCGAAAACCUACCUCGAAGAGCUCGCAGGCGAGCCCAAGCGCAAAGGCGGGAAACGCGCCGCCGUGCAAACGACCGUCCAAGCUCCCGCCGCCGUCAGCGCGACCAUCGCCCGACGCGCCGCCGCCCUGCUCGGCACCGGGCCGGCGGCCUGCCCGUCAGACUCGAACCGCGACACGGCCGGACCGCCGCCACCCACUCAAGCGUUCGGCGCCAGCUCGCUCGCGCAACGCAACGCACGGCCAGACCGUCGAGCGAACGGCGCUAGGCUGUGGGACGCGGACGCGGACGCCGCCGAGCCUGUGCCACCGCCCGCGACGCAGGCGUUCGGCCGGUCCAAGUUAGGCAGCGUGUUCUCCAGAACGUCGUCCAACGCUGCCUCGGGGCUCACGAUCGAGCUCUCGGACACGGACGCGGGACCCCCUCCCGACGCGUCGUCGCCCGCGCGCUCGCUCGCGGUGGUUCAACUCAGGUCCAACUCCUCCCACUCUCCGAGCGGCGGCGGCGGCGGCUGCUCUCCGACCUCGAUCCGGUCUCGGCGGUCAAGCGGCCCUGCGCGGUACCACUCUGACGGAGACGAAGACGAAGAGGGACGAGACGACGGCGGCUCGGACCCGUGGGCGCACCUGAACGACGACGUGUAUUUACAUUACGAGCCCGACUGGGGCGUACCCGUCGGUCCUACUAAUAUCUCAUCGCGCGAUGUCGAGCGUGACGAUGAUGCCCAGAUCCCGAGCGAGGCAAGGCAGGAGCCACCGUCGCCCGAGUAUCCGGAUUUUUUCAACGCGAAGCAGCAGACGCCCGAAGACGCGUCGAGCUCAAGACCAGAAACCAACGCCGCGCCCCUCAUCGCCCCCUCAGUCGAGAACGCAACGAUAACAGCCGAGAAACCCAGAUCCAAGAAACGCGCAGCUCGGGACCCCGCGACCGAACCCGCGACCAAAACCAAGACCAAAUCGACCUCGUCGUCGGCCGUCCCGGAAGACGACGCGGCCUUUGACCGAGCCCUGCGCGCCGCGCUCGUGCGCGACGUCGAGCUGCACCGACGCAUCCUCCGCUACGAGCCCAUCGCGUUCGACGUCUUCCUCGCGCGCGCGACGGACGCGUUCGGCGGGCCGCCGUCGCGCGCGCAAGGCGGGAUGGGCAAGUUCAAGACGAGGGUGAAGCGGUUCUUGGAUCAGCAGGGUGCGAGCGCUGACGGGGACGGGGCGCAGGCGAUACAGUUUUACGGUGCGGAUGGGGCUCCGGGGAGGAAUCGGGCGCGGCGGCGUUGA